AUGAUGAUAUCUAGAGGGCUGUUCGGGUGGUCCCCACCUCACAUACAACCGCUAACGCCGGUCUCGGAGGUUUCCGAGCCGCCAGAGUCUCCGUCCCCAUACAUCGAUAACAGUGCAGAGGGUCCAGGGGCGGUGCCGGCUCAGCCAGAGCAGGAGGAGGAGGUGGAUGAUGUUGAUGAGGCCGAGGAGCCGCCACCUGCGGCCGUGCCGUUCCUUAAGCUGUUCCUUUGCGCGGACCGCCUCGAUUGGGUGCUGAUGAUUGUCGGAUCCCUCGCGGCAGCUGCUCAUGGCGCAUCCUUAGUGGUCUACCUGCACUACUUCGCGAAGAUCGUCCAUGUGCUUCACCUGGGGCCCUCGGCGAAGCCUGUGGAGGUUUACGACCAGCUUAAGGAGCUUUCUUUAUCUCUUGUUUGGAUUGCGGUGGGUGUUUUUGCUUUUGGUUUGAUAGAGGUUUCGUGUUGGAUUCUUACGGGUGAAAGACAGACAGCGGUUAUCCGGUCGAAGUAUGUCCAAGUGUUACUUAACCAGGACAUGAGUUUCUUUGAUACGUAUGGCAACAAUGGGGACAUAGUGAGCCAAGUCUUGAGCGAUGUUUUACUCAUUCAGUCUGCACUCAGCGAGAAGGUUGGGAAUUACAUCCACAAUAUGGCAACCUUUCUGAGCGGGCUUGUUGUCGGAUUUGUGAACUGUUGGCAGAUUGCCCUAAUAACAUUAGCAACAGGUCCUUUCAUUGUUGCAGCUGGGGGAGUAUCAAAUAUAUUCCUUCAUAGGCUUGCCGAGAAUAUUCAGGAUGCAUAUGCUGAAGCUGCUAGCAUCGCCGAACAGGCAGUGUCUUUUAUUAGGACGUUAUAUGCAUUUACUAAUGAAACACUGGCCAAGUAUUCUUAUGCAACAUCACUACAAGCAACCCUGCGAUAUGGCAUCCUCAUAAGUCUUGUGCAAGGACUUGGACUUGGAUUUACAUAUGGCCUUGCCAUAUGUUCUUGUGCCUUGCAACUUUGGGUUGGAAGGUUCUUGGUUAGGCAUCAUAAAGCUCAUGGUGGUGAAGUUAUAGCAGCUUUAUUUGCUGUAAUAUUGAGUGGCCUUGGGCUAAAUCAAGCUGCAACAAACUUUUAUUCAUUUGACCAAGGACGGAUUGCUGCUUAUAGACUUUUUGAGAUGAUAAGUCGAUCGUCCUCUUCGGUUAGUCAUGAUGGGGCAACACCUGGGUCUGUUCAAGGAAACAUUGAGUUUCGUAAUGUAUAUUUCAGCUAUCUUUCUCGACCUGAAAUUCCUAUCCUGAGUGGUUUCUACCUCACAGUACCUGCAAAGAAAGCAGUCGCACUUGUAGGCAGAAAUGGUUCCGGGAAAAGCAGUAUUAUACCAUUGAUGGAGAGAUUUUAUGAUCCUACAUUAGGAGAAGUCCUUUUAGAUGGUGAGAACAUUAAGAAUUUGAAAUUGGAGUGGCUACGAAGCCAAAUUGGACUGGUUACUCAGGAGCCUGCCUUGCUAAGCUUAAGCAUUAGAGAUAACAUUGCGUAUGGGCGAGAUGCUACUUUGGAUCAGAUUGUAGAGGCUGCUAAGAUUGCCCAUGCCCAUACAUUUGUUAGUUCUCUUGAGAAGGGAUAUGAGACACAGGUGGGUAGGGCUGGCUUAGCAUUGACAGAGGAGCAGAAAAUCAGGCUUUCUAUUGCUAGGGCUGUGCUUUUGAAUCCAUCUAUUCUUCUACUUGAUGAGGUCACUGGUGGUCUUGAUUUUGAAGCUGAGAAAAUGGUCCAGGCAGCUCUUGAUUUGAUCAUGCUGGGCCGAUCUACUAUUAUAAUUGCACGACGCCUUAGUCUUAUAAGGAAUGCUGAUUACAUAGCUGUAAUGGAGGAGGGACAGCUGGUUGAAAUGGGCACGCAUGAUGAAUUAGUAAAUCUUGAUGGGCUAUAUGCAGACCUUCUCAGAUGUGAAGAGGCGACAAAACUUCCAAGGAGGAUGCCUGCUCGAAACUACAAAGGGACUGCCACGUUUGAAAUUGAGAAGGAUUAUCCAGCGAGUCCUAGCUUCCAGGAACCUACCUCUCCCAAAUUGGUCAAAUCACCAUCCCUCCAAAGAGUUGUUCCUGGUAACCAUGGAUUUCGACCUUCUGAUGCUACUUAUAACUUCCAAGAAUCACCAAAAGUUCGGAGCCCGCCUCCUGAGCAGAUGCUGGAAAAUGGCAUGCCCUCGGAUAUGGCUAAUGAGGAACCAUCAAUGAAGAGGCAGGACAGUUUUGAGAAGAGGUUACCAGAGUUGCCAAAGCUUGACGUUCAUUCUGCACAGCAACAAAAAUCAAAUGUCUCGGACCCCGAGUCCCCUGUUUCACCCCUUUUGACAUCUGACCCAAAAAAUGAGCGAUCCCACUCGCAGACAUUUAGUCGCCCUCUUAGUCCAUCUGAUGAUACUCCGAGAAGAACAAAGGAUGCAAAGAAUAAAGCAGAUGGAGAUGCACCAUCAUUCUGGCGACUAGCAGAGCUCAGCUUUCCAGAAUGGCUUUACGCUGUUUUAGGUAGCACUGGUGCUGCUAUUUUUGGCUCUUUUAAUCCGCUUCUUGCAUACGUCAUUGCAGUCAUAAUAACUGCAUACUACAGAUUUGGUGACGAUCCUCACGUAAGGCAGGAAGUUGAUAAAUGGUGCUUGAUAAUUGCUUGCAUGGGUAUUGUCACCGUGGUUGCCAAUUUUCUGCAACACUUCUAUUUCGGUAUCAUGGGGGAGAAGAUGACAGAACGUGUCCGCAGGAUGAUGUUUUCAGCAAUGCUGCGGAAUGAAGUCGGAUGGUUUGAUGAAGAGGAGAACAGUGCAGAUACUCUGUCAAUGCGAUUGGCGAAUGAUGCUACAUUUGUUCGAGCUGCUUUCAGCAAUAGGCUUUCCAUUUUUAUCCAGGACACUGCAGCUGUUAUUGUGGCUCUCCUCAUCGGGAUGCUGCUAGAGUGGCGGAUAGCACUUGUGGCACUAGGAACCCUUCCUAUCCUCACACUUUCAGCCAUUGCACAGAAACUGUGGCUCGCUGGUUUUUCAAGGGGCAUCCAGGAAAUGCAUAGAAAAGCAUCUUUGGUCCUCGAGGAUGCAGUCAGAAACAUUUACACUGUCGUUGCAUUUUGUGCCGGAAACAAGGUGAUGGAGCUCUACCAGUCGCAGUUGAGAAGAAUACUGUUUCAGAGUCUCCUCCAUGGGAUGGUUAUCGGUUUUGCCUUUGGUUUCUCCCAAUUUCUCCUCUUUUCCUGCAAUGCUUUUCUACUCUGGUAUACAGCAUUAUCAGUUAAGAACAAAUACACGGAGCCACCUACCGCCCUGAAGGAGUUCAUUGUUUUCUCAUUUGCAACAUUUGCACUGGUGGAGCCAUUUGGGUUGGCUCCAUACAUAUUGAAACGGAGGAAGUCUCUGAGAUCUGUGUUUGAAAUAAUAGACCGAGCUCCCAAGAUCGACCCAGAUGAUAAUUCAGCCCUGAAGCCUCCUAAUGUUUAUGGUAGCAUCGAGCUGAAAAAUGUCGACUUUUGUUACCCUACACGUCCCGAAGUGUUGGUACUUAGCAAUUUCAGCCUCAAAGUCAAUGGGGGUCAAACUGUGGCUGUGGUUGGAGUUUCAGGAUCUGGAAAGAGCACGAUUAUAUCUCUGAUAGAGAGAUUCUAUGACCCAGUCGCAGGUCAGGUUUUGUUAGAUGGUCGGGAUCUACAAGUUUACAACCUGAGAUGGUUGAGAAAUCAUAUGGGUCUCAUUCAGCAGGAACCUAUCAUCUUUUCAACGACGAUAAGAGAAAAUAUUAUAUAUGCGAGGCACAAUGCAAGUGAAGCCGAGAUGAAGGAGGCUGCCAGAAUAGCAAACGCGCACCACUUCAUCAGCAGCCUGCCUCAUGGGUAUGACACUCAUGUUGGGAUGAGAGGAGUAGACCUUACCCCGGGACAGAAACAGAGGAUCGCUAUUGCCCGAGUUGUCUUGAAGAAUGCUCCUAUCUUGUUAAUCGAUGAAGCCAGCUCCUCGAUUGAGUCUGAGUCAAGUAGAGUAGUUCAAGAAGCGCUUGACACCCUCGUGAUGGGGAACAAGACCACAAUUUUGAUAGCCCAUAGAGCAGCGAUGAUGAGGCAUGUCGAUAACAUCGUGGUUCUCAAUGGAGGAAGAAUUGUGGAGGAAGGGAGCCAUGAUUCGCUGAUGACCAAGAAUGGGUUAUAUGUACGUUUGAUGCAGCCUCACUUUGGGAAAGGUCUGCGCCACAAUCGACUGGUUUAAAGGGCAAUUUUGGGUUCAGUUUGGCUUGUUUGUAAAGUAGGAGAUUCUUGUUUUCUCGAGGAAAGGCAAAUUUGCUGAGAAAGGAGGCUUCUGUUAGCAGGACACUAAAUGGCGAAGCGGAAGAAACCGGAGCUUACCUGCAUUAAUGUAAAGUGGUAGUUUUACAGGGAAUUGCUCUAGUGUCGGGUUAGACUAGAGAGUUUGAGGUUUGCUGGCUAUCAAGCACAUGGUUCGGAUUUUAGAUGCAUAUUCUUUCGGAGGGCAAGCAGCAGUACAUAGGGUUGCUUCUCUUCCGGGUGUAUUAAUUUGUGAAUAGCUUGUGUUAGCGUGGCAGUAGUUCUAGUUCUGAUGACUGAUGAGGUAUGUAAUUUUCUUCUUGCUCUUGUUGAUUUUGCAGCGAUUUCCGAGCUCUCACAUGUAGAAAUCGUUUCUUUCUUCUUAUGUUUUUGCAAACUGUAGAGAGUUAAAGAAAUGUGCAUUUCCAGUUGAAUUUGCGUUUAAGAUUUAUAUAAGCAUUCCUGACCA